UGGUGGGGGAGGUGGAGGUCCACCAAACAGAAACAGUAAACGAAAUGUAAGGGAAGAUGAAUUUUAUCGAGUUGGAAGUCAAAUUGGAACAAUGAAAAGAUCGGUUAAUCGUAGAGAUGCACAGGGGGCUGAUAUGGGUGCACAAGGUGGUAUGGGUGGUGAAAUGCAGGGUGGUAUGGGUGGAAGCAUGGGAGGUGGUAUGGGAGGUGGUAUGGGGGGUGGUAUGGGAGGUGGUAUGGGAGGUGGAAUGGACGGUGGUAUGGGUGGUGGUAUGGGAGGUAGUGGAGAAGGUGGAGGUCCACCAAACAGAAACAGUAAACGAAAUGUAAGAGAAGAUGAAUUUUAUCGAGUUGGAACAAUGAAAAGAUCGGUUAAUCGUAGAAAUGCACAACGGAAUUUUGGUGGACGAGGAGGUAUGGAAGGUAGUGUGCACGCUGGUAUAGGAGGUAGUAUAGGAGGUGGUAUGGAAGGUGGUGUGGAAGCUAGUAUGGAAGCUGGUAUGGAAGCUGGUAUGGAAGGUGGUAUGGGUGGAGGUAUGGGAGGUGAUGGACAAAGUGGGGAUCAACCAAACAGAAACAGAAAACGGCAUGCAAGAGAAGCUCGAAUUUAUCGUAGUAGACACAAUUCUAGAAAAAGAAGUACUACACAAACAACAUUAACGGGAACGGGUAUAUCUACAGUAAUGGAAUGAAGGAGAUUCAUCGACAUCAAAUUUAUGAUAUCAAAUAUAAAAUAGUUUUUAGUACUGUAGAAAAUAUUCAUCAAGUUAUUUUGUUAAUCGUAAAACAAGGAAGUAGAGAUCACACGAAUAAAGAAUAUUUUACUGCAAUCAAAA